AUGGGUCGAACCUUGAACCUCACCGUUUUGGUGACGUUUCUAGCUCUGACAAUGCUCGGAACUGCUUACUCCGGUAGCUUCAACGAAGAGUUCGACUUGACUUGGGGUGAACACAGAGGCAAAAUCUUCAGCGGAGGCAAAAUGCUAUCACUCUCACUAGACCGGGUUUCCGGGUCGGGUUUCAAAUCAAAGAAGGAGUAUUUAUUCGGAAGAAUCGAUAUGCAGCUCAAGCUCGUCGCCGGAAACUCCGCCGGAACCGUCACCGCCUACUACUUGUCGUCGGAAGGACCAACGCACGACGAGAUUGAUUUCGAGUUUCUCGGUAACGAGACAGGGAAGCCUUACGUUCUCCACACUAAUGUCUUUGCUCAAGGCAAAGGAAACAGAGAACAACAGUUUUAUCUCUGGUUCGACCCAACCAAGAACUUCCACACUUACUCUCUUGUCUGGAGACCUCAACACAUCAUAUUCAUGGUGGACAAUGUUCCGAUCAGGGUGUUCAACAAUGCAGAGCAGCUCGGUGUUCCGUUUCCCAAGAAGCAGCCAAUGAGGAUUUACUCGAGCUUAUGGAACGCUGAUGACUGGGCAACGAGAGGUGGUUUGGUUAAGACAGAUUGGUCAAAGGCUCCUUUCACAGCUUACUACAGAGGCUUUAACGCAGCGGCUUGUACAGUCUCUUCAGGGUCAUCUUUCUGUGAUCCUAAGUUCAAGAGCUCUUUCACUAAUGGCGAGUCUCAAAAACAGGCGGUGGCUAGUGAGCUUAAUGCUUAUGGGAGAAGAAGAUUGAGAUGGGUUCAAAAGUAUUUCAUGAUUUAUGAUUAUUGCUCUGAUCUCAAAAGGUUUCCUCAAGGAUUCCCUCCUGAGUGUAGGAGGUCUAGAGUCUAA